UUUUUAUUAUCUCUCCACAAAGCAAAUGGCCUGAAAGAGUUUCUCUACUACCAGUGGAGGUUGAACUGAGCGGAGCAUCUGGGAAACUCUCAGACUACCUUCUUCCCAUCAGUUUUCUCUUCUUAGAUAUAUUUUCCCUUUCUUUCUUUCACUUUCCCACCAAAUUUUCUCUCAAACCAUUCAUGGGUUUAGCAACAAACCUCCACCGUCUAGACCUACGCUCUUCCUUCUUCACUACUCUCCAUCCAUGUCUCAUCUCGACAACCACAAAAUCCCAUCAAUUUUCCUCUCUAUCUAAUCGCAAAAGAGAAAUACCUAGAAUUACCGCUCAAUUGUCUACCAUCAGUCUCGAAACAGCGGUUAAAGACCCUGAAACCGAUAUCGAAUCGCUCUUCUCGAGCAGUCCCGCCGAGGAAUACGACCGAAAACGCACCGGUAAGCAAUCGACAACCGGUGCUUCCGGUGUUUCCUCGGGUGUGAAGCUUGAAAACAUAAGCAAAAGCUAUAAAGGAGUGACUGUGUUGAACGACGUGAGCUGGGAAGUGAAGAAAGGAGAUAAAGUUGGGUUGGUGGGUGUUAAUGGAGCAGGUAAAACAACCCAGUUGAGGAUAAUUACAGGCCAAGAAGAACCCGAUUCGGGUAACGUGAUCAAGGCCAAACCCAACAUGAAAAUUGCGUUUUUGAGCCAAGAAUUUGAGGUUUCGAUGAGUAGGACGGUGAAGGAGGAGUUUAUGAGUGCGUUUCAGGAGGAGAUGGAGAUUGCUGGACGGUUGGAGAGAGUGCAAAAGGCCAUAGAAGGUUCCGUGGAGGAUUUGGAGCUAAUGGGUAGGUUGUUGGAUGAGUUUGAUUUGCUGCAAAGAAGAGCACAGGCUGUGGAUUUAGACGCGUUAGAUUCUAAGAUUAGUAGGAUUAUGCCGGAUUUGGGGUUCACAUUGGAGGACUCCGAUAGGCUCGUGGCAUCUUUUAGCAGCGGGUGGCAAAUGAGGAUGUCCCUUGGAAAGAUUUUACUUCAGGUAUAAUUGUGGGUCUCGGAUAUUU